GCUCCCCUGCCACUGCGGCUGGCUGCAGGACAGGAGCUGGCUCUCUCUGGUGCCCUGACCCCUCGCUCACCAGUCAUGUCGCACGAGGUCUCUGCAGGGACAGUGCUCUUCGUGUCCCUGGCCGUUAUCUUGUGUGCCGGUCAUCAAGUGAGAGUCACAGGGUCUGUGGGAUCCACAGCCGGGCCUGGCCCACAGCCAGCUCAGCAGGUGUCCAAUGGACUUCCUUCCGCCACAUCCAGGGGAGAUCACAGUACCUCUCAAACAGCAGGGGAGACCCCGGGGAGCCCACCACACCCGACCACAGCUCCGGCCACUGCGUCACAGAGAAGCCCUCUGUCUUCCAGCCCAGUCGUCUACACCCUGGCCACUUCCAACAACUCGCACACAGUCUCUGCACUGAGUGAUGCUACCAUGGGGCCCAGCUGGACACGCCACUCACAGUCACCCACGUCGCCACCAAACACUACCCCUGAAACCAGCACACCCCCUCUCUGUCUCACAACUGGGAAAAAUGCCCACCACAGUGGCCAGACCACGGUCUCUGAAACCCUGCCCACAGCAGAUGGCAAAAGCACAAUUGCUCAGAAAUCUCCUCCAGCCAACCACACCUCGGGAGGGACCACAGCCACCCACAACGCCACCCCCGUGGCCUCGCCUACAAUGUCCACACCCACGCACAGCAUCACCCCGACCGCAGCCCCUGCCACCACCGUCCCUGGAGCCACCCUGGCACCUCAGCCAUCCUCUGCCAAGACCGGAACUUACCAAGUUCUAAACGGAAGUAGGAUCUGCAUAAAAGCAGAGAUGGGGAUACAGCUGAUUAUUCAAGAAACAAAGUCGGUUUUUUCACCUCGGAGAUAUUUCAACAUCGACCCCAACGCAACCAAAGCCUCUGGCAGUUGUGGCUUCCGAAAAUCUAACCUUCUCUUGAAUUUCCCUAGUGGAUCCGUGAAUUUCACGUUUACCAAGGAAGAGAAUUCAUAUUACAUCAGUGAAAUAGGAGCCAAUCUGACUGUCUCGAAUCCAGAGAGAGAUUUCCAAGGGUUGAAAAGCGCCAUGGUGAUGUUUGAGACGCUGGCUGGGCACUCCUUCAAGUGUGUGAGCGAGCAGAGCAUCCUGCUGUCCGCCCAGCUGCAGCUGAAGACCAUGAACGUCCAGCUCCAAGCCUUCGACUGGGAAGGAGACCACUUCGGAAACGUGGAUGAGUGCUCCUCCGACUACACAGUUGUGCUCCCGGUGAUCGGUGUCAUCCUGGUCGCCCUCUGCCUCCUGGGUCUGUGUGUUUGUGUGACCCGCCUGAGACGCCGGUCGGCCGGGUACCAGCGGAUCUGAUUGGUGCCUGGGGAGAUGGAAACGGAAAGUCCUUUGCCGUUUCCAAGGUGCUGAGGUCAAAGCUCAGCAUGGACAGAAACCCCUGUGCUCUACGGACCCCACUGUACUGAGUGCAUGAUAGAAAUCAAUUUCUAAAUCUUUUUGCUAAUCGAGGAAAGGCCGUGAAUGUUUAAAAAGAGUAUUUUCUCAUUUCCUUCGGAAUAUUUUAACCACGCAUGGGCAACGCUGGAGAAGCGCCUGGUGAGCGAGCCCUGUGUAAAGUGACCUCCGCCUCCAAGCCACAAACCAGAACCCCAGCGAGACUCCACCCUACCUGUUCCUUCCCAUCACUAAAAUGCCUCCGCAUCCUCCACCCUGGACUUUCUGCGCUGUCGCCACCGUGUUUACUGAUGUACCCGGGUUAGACGAGCACUGUGCCACUGAGCUGCCCCGCCCCAGCCUUUUUUAUCUUUCUGAGACAGAGCUGAGACUAAGUCACCCAGGCUGGCCUCAAACUUGCUUCAGCCUUGCAAGUACUAAGGCUACAGGUGCACAGCACCCUGCCCGGCUUGUCUGGCUCCUACUGGAAAGCCACCAAGAGGAACAAACCAGCUCCAUCUUGAUGAUUCCUGCUCCAGAAACACCAAGAACCAAGCACCGUGGAAUCCAGUGAGCACGCAUUGAUGAUCACGGGCCUCAGUUACAGAAUCUGGGGUCCGACUCUAGGCCAAGCGAGUUGCUUCCACCUCGUUUAAUCCUUACAAUGUGCAGAAGAGUAAACCCAAGGGACCUGGGUCACCUAAGUGCCACCCACCUUACAGGCGACAGAGUCGGAAUUAGAACUCACGUUGGCCUGGUUCUGAGGUCUUUGACCUCUUCUUACACCGAGAUCCCCGAGAACACUGGUUUAACUCCUGCCUAGCAUCUCCGCCAGCGAGAGAAACGGCCUGGGUUUAAUGAGCUACCCGCUCCUUUGAUGGUGGCCGAGGGGCUCUACCAACAUCAGCCUCUCAUUAAUGUUUUUUUUUUUUUUUCUCUCUCUCUCAUUAAUGUUUUAAAAGAGGAAAGGAAUUAGGAAGGCCACACCUUAACCCACCUCCCUUUCUUCAGUGGAGAGCGCCCUCUUGUGGUCACUUGCUGCUUCUGCUCUUCAGAGUUCGUGACCUGUUGUUCGUUCCGCUGGGUUUUUUUUCCCCCUGUAGAAAGAACCCAAGUCUGGCUGCCAGCUGCAAAUCCCACACCCCUGGGGGACCGCUCAAGCUGACCGCGGGGGCAUCUCGAUUUCCCGGAGUUGUUCUCUGAUAAGUCACUAGGGACGGUAGGGCCCCGACUUCGGUCCUGGUAGAUAUGGAAUGGAAUUAAAAUGUUCCAUAAUAAAAUUUAUUUGAGAGAUUCA